AAAAAUAACAAAUGAAGAUGCAAAACUUCACUAUGCAUCUUCGCUUGGCAUGUGUCCUCCUCUUUUCAGCUCCUCUGGUAGCUUUUGCUACGAGCACUCCCAUGAAUUUCCUGCAAUGCCUCUCUCUUCACUCCGAGAACGCAACCUCCAUCUUCAAUCUCGUUUAUACUCCAAUCAACUCUUCGUAUUCUUCUGUCUUGGACAUUACCAUACAGAACCUGCGCUUCUUGACUCCUUUCGCUCCCAAACCUUUACUCAUCGUGACACCGCUCCGUGUCUCCCACAUCCAAGCCGCCAUCAUCUGCUCCCGGCGUUACGGACUCCAAAUAAGGAUCCGAAGCGGUGGUCACGACUACGAGGGCCUUUCCUACUUGUCUGAAGUCCCGUUCAUCAUGGUUGACAUGGUGAAUCUCCGAUCGAUCACUGUAGAUGCGGAGGACGAAACAGCGUGGGUCCAAUCGGGCGCAACGUUGGGCGAGCUUUACUAUAGGAUCGCUGAGAAGAGCAAAGCCCUCGGCUUUCCGGCUGGCGUCUGCCCCACGAUCGGUGUUGGCGGUCACUUCAGUGGUGGAGGCUAUGGCACGAUGAUGCGCAAAUAUGGCCUCGCAGCCGAUAACGUAAUCGAUGCCCAGUUGGUCGACGUGCAAGGGCAGCUCCUUGAUAGAGAAUCCAUGGGGGAAGAUCUCUUUUGGGCGAUCCGAGGCGGAGGAGGCGGCAGCUUCGGUGUGGUAGUGUCCUGGAAAGUCAAGCUCGUCCCGGUGCCACCAACCGUCACCGUGUUCACGCUCGUGAGGACGUUGGAGCAACACGCGACGAAGCUCUUGAUUCAAUGGCAACUUCUCGGGAACAAGCUCCCCGACGACCUAUUCAUCCGGGUGAUCUUGCAGAGCCUCAACUCUGGCCCCAACGGGACGAGGACGAUGCAAGCGUCGUUCAACACCCUUUACCUCGGUGGUGUCGACGCGCUCCUCGACGUGACGAGGAGCAGCUUCCCGGAGCUCAACCUCACGAGAGAGGACUGCACCGAGAUGAGCUGGAUUGAGUCGGUCCUCUACUUCGCAGGGUUCAGCGGAGAGCCCUUGGAAAUCUUGCUCAACAAGAGCUCCAACACCAAAGUAUUCUUUAAGCACAAAUCGGAUUACGUGAGGGAGCCAAUCCCGGAGAGUGGCUUAGAGGGGAUGUGGGAGAGGUUCUUUGAGGAAGAUGAAGGGGUGCCUCUUAUGAUUUGGAACCACUAUGGCGGGAAAAUGGGUGAAAUUUCCGAAUCUGCCCUUCCCUUCCCUCACAGAGCUGGGGUUUUGUACAAGAUCCAGCACCUUACGUCAUGGACAGAUGCCGAGGGAGGCAACGAGGCUGCUCCAAAGCACGUGAGUUGGAUACGAAGCUUCUAUAGUUAUAUGGCGCAGUACGUGUCGAAAUCGCCUCGGGAAGCUUAUAUCAACUACAGAGAUCUCGACAUAGGAACGAACAACGUGAUAGGCAACACGGAUUACAAGCAAGCAAGCGUUUGGGGAAAGAAGUACUUCAAGAACAACUUCGACAGGUUGGUGCAUGUGAAGACCACCGUCGAUCCGGGCAACUUUUUCCGGCAUGAGCAAAGUAUUCCUCCGUUUUCAUUUUAAUUUAGGUGUACUCCUUGCAAUAAUAAGAUGAUACUUUGUAAUAAAUGGAACAUUUGACUAUGACUACGUUUGAACUUUGUGUGGACAGUUUUUAU